GAAAAGAUUGACCCGUUGUCUGGAAACUUGUUUAUGUUAACCGGACUGAAAUGGAAAGAGCUAAGGACAAAGCUGUCACCCACAUUCACAUCAGGAAAGAUGAAGAUGAUGUUCCAGACUUUGGUUGGCUGUGGGUUGGAACUGCGCGAGCACGUGAAGAAAUCCGCUGAACAAGAAGGCAUUUUGGAACUGAGGGACGUACUCGCCAAGUUCUCCACUGACGUCAUCGCUUCCUGCGCCUUUGGCAUAGAGUGCAAUUGUCUCAAGAAUCCCAAUGCAGUAUUCAGGCAGUGGGGAAAAAGGAUUUUUGAGCCCACUUUCGAGGCGAUUGCGAGAGGCAUGCUAUAUCUCCUGGUGCCAUCUGUCGCAGUUGCCCUUAGAAUUUCAAGCACUCCUAACGACAUUACAAACUUCUUCCGCACGAUGGUUUGCGAGACUGUGAGCUUCAGAGAGAAGCAUUCUGUAAAGCGGAACGACUUUUUGCAACUACUGAUUCGACUCAAAAAUAAGGAAAACCUCGAACCUGACACCUCACCAGAACAACAUGAUCCAA